CUCCUGCCAACUGUUUGAUAUUUCAUCAGCCUUCGAGUCGAGCGGAACACACAAGAGCUGGUCGAGAACACCAGGGACAAACGAGGCACUUGUUCACCACCGGCAUCGUAUAUACAUCCCCUCGCAUAACUGCAACGCUUUGUUGGCAGCCGUUAGACAUUUAACGCCCUUUUUCUCGAAUCAUUUCGAUAAUCCUCAGAGCAACAUAACUAAAAUGCCGCUUGACUACAGUAAAUGGGACGCGCUGGAGCUCAGCGACGACUCGGACAUCGAGGUGCACCCCAACGUCGACAAGCGAUCCUUCAUCCGGGCCAAGCAGAACCAGAUCCACAUGGAGCGGGCGCAGCGCAAGCAGCAGAUCGAGACGCUCAAGUACGAACGCAUCGUCAACGACGGCCUCCUGAAGCGCAUCAGUGCCCUGCUCGCCUCGCUCCGGGCGCACGCGGCCGACGCGGCCAGCGGGGCCAAGAACCCGGCCGAGGUGGCGUUCCAGGCCGUCAUGGAGUCGGCCCAGGGCACGAAAGCCGAGGACGAUCGGCCACCGAAGCGGCCCGAGGGCGUCCACGGCAGCGAGGAGGAGCUGCCGACGUACACAAAGAUGAUGGCGACGCUGCUGGACCAGGUCAACAAGGCCAUGGAGGAGAAGAAGGUCACGCAGGAGGAGAGGUACGGCGCAAUGACGGCUGAGAUUGAGGAGCACCUCAAAAAGGUGCAGGCUCUGCAGAAAGACCUGGAGAAGAAGCUGGCCGAGCUCGAGAAGGAGGAGAAGAGCAAGAUAACCAGCGAAAGCAUUCACACCGGUUUCGACACCUCGCACGUCAAUAAGGCCAAGGCCGCCGAUGCCGCCAAGGCCUCCUCGAGCAGCCAGCCUGAGCUGCUGAACCCGAACUUCAAGGGGAACACCGGCAAAGAAAUCACGGCCCAGGGCGGUGGAGCUCUGGACGACGACGACGAGAUGGAGGCUUCCCCCGCGGCGAGGGAAUUUGCCAAGAUCAAGCAAGGCGAUUACCUCGCCUCGCAACAGUUCCUGACGUCACACCCGCAACUUUUGGCCUCAGAGCGGGAGACGGAUGGGCUUUUGGUCCUUGCAUUCGAUGCUCAGCUGCAGAACCGCGACGAGGACGCCAGGAGGUACGUGCACCAGGCACUGCUGCUGCAGUACUGCCGCGCACUGGGUCGGGACGGAGUGCAGCUCUUCUUCAAGAGAGUGACGACAAAGGGUCACCAGGCUCAGGAUAUAUUCUUCAAGGACGUUCAGGAGACGUACGGCAAAAUCAAGAACCGUGCCGGUGAGAUCAACGCGCAGAGGGCCAGGGACGCGGCCGAGGGCAAGCCCGACGGCGUCGAGCAGAUUCAGCUGCACGCCGUCGAGCCCGGAACGGUCAUCAGCAUUCGCGUACCGGAGAAGGACAGCUCGGACCCGGGCGAGCAGGCAGCCAGGGCCAUCUUUGACGGCUUCAGUCCCGAGAUGAAGGCCGCGCUGGAGACGGGCAGUCUGGACAAGGUCAACAAGGUCCUGGGCGAGAUGGAUGUGGCCGAAGCUGAGGAGCUGGUUGGCAAAUUCUCAGAGGCUGGUGUGCUCAGCGUCGAGGAGCAGAUUAUUGAUACUACGACAGAGGAGGGCAAGGCGCAACUCAAGGAGAUUGAGAAGAAAGGUUCCGAGUCGCAGUUUGCAGAUGACCCGGAGUAGUUUUUUUUUUUUUGUUUUUUUUUUUUUUGUUGCUACCUACCUCACAAGCCUGUAGAUCCCACCCCAACAUGGGUAAGGUACAUACAGAUAGUUGAUGAUGCAUUGCUAUGGCGUUGGGUUCGGGCUUUUGAGAGGGGUAUAUGUGCAUCAUGGAUAUUCUGGAUGGCUAUUUAUCACAAAAGUAAAGACACGAGCAUUUAAAUUCGACAAGGCCAAAAAAAGCAUACGGAGUAGAGUGUAAAGUUACCAUUUUGCUUUCAUUACUGAAAAAGUAAAGCACUAUCUUGGUCGCUUCGAGGCUCGAAUUUAUAUGGGUUGUCAGCUUACGUGGAAAUACAGCAUAGCAAAGUUGCGCGGAUUAUGUAUGGUAGAGUAGCAGCCUAUACGUUGUCGCACUGCGUAAUGUUCCGAAGGUGCAGGCAGCAAGCAAGCAUAGCUUGCGUAAACGACUUGGUGUACCCAAUGUGCUGUAGGUACGAACGACAGAUUAAGAUGUGGUGGUGUGUGACGGAUCUGAAGAUCCUAAUGCUGUGCCACGCUAAAAAUAGUACCCUGACC